GAGUCAGCAACAUGGCAGAAGACAUCAAGACCAAAAUCAAGAACUACCGGACUGGUCCUUUUGACAGCUGUUUCCCUAACCAGGACCAGACCAGGAACUGUUGGCAGAAUUACCUGGACUUCCACCACUGUAAGAAGGCAAUGACUGCUAAAGGGGGUGAUGUCUCUGUGUGCGAAUGGUACCGGUGUGUGUACAACUCACUUUGCCUUAUAUCCUGGGUGUUGGUAUGGGGUGACCACUGGGCAGAAGGCACGUUUCCUGGGAAGAUCUGA